ACUCAGUCAUAGAAUAAAUAUGAUUUCUAUUUUAGUUUCAGCAAUCACUUCAACUUUAUUCUUAUCAUUAACUGACGCCGAUCACGUUGAAUUAGUAUCUCUAAAAGAAUGCGCUCCAUUAUCAGUACCAAGUUGUAAUUUUUAUGUUAAUUUCAAUGAAAAUGAACAAAUCAUAAGAUUCCAUGUUGGAGAAGUUAUUGAUUUAAAUGACUUCGAGGUGCAUACAACAGUUUCAAUUAAACGCAAUGGCGAAUAUCAACAAAUAAUAUCGUUUACUAAAACUCUAUGCAGUCAAAUGGUGCACAUUUUAGGUGCAGAAUGGGAAAAAAUUAGAGCCGAAAUUCAACCACCCAUCGAGGAUUCAUGCAAAAUUGAACCAGGUACAUACAAACUGGAAGCCUUAAAUAUGCAAGAUAUGGAUAUAAGCGCCAUACUUAAUAUACUACCAAAAGGAGAAAUCAAAUUGGAUACUGAAAUUAGAUGGCAAGAAGAUUUUGUGGUGGCUUGUUAUGUAGUCGAGCUGAUAAAUGAUUAAAUUUCAGUAGUUUUUGUAUAAAAUGGGAAAUAAAUGUUAAGUCUUGGCA